AUGGAAGUUAGCUUAGACCUCUGUAGAUACAAUGCCAGCCCUCACAUGGUGGUUAGAAGUACUAUUCAUAUUCUUCCUAGGGAAAUGUUUGGACUAUCAACAUUUGGAAUAGCUAUGGCACUGCUCAAAUGGAUACCUUUAAGAUUAGUGGACAAGCUUCUCUUGUUGAUGGCAAAUUUCACUCUCGGAAACACAGAUAGGUUAGGUCUUCACAGGCCCAAGACUGGUCCAAUUGAGCUAAAAAAUGCCACAGGAAAGACCCCAGUGCUUGAUGUUGGAGCUUUAUCGCAAAUAAAAUCCGGAAACAUCAAGGUAAUGGAAGGUGUGAGAGAGAUAACAAGAAAAGGGGCCAAGUUCAUGGAUGGACAAGAAAGAGAGUUUGAUUCUAUAAUUUUAGCAACUGGGUACAAGAGCAAUGUGCCUUCAUGGUUCAAG